UUGCCCUCCUAAUCCAGCCCAUAAAGAAUCAAAUUCACAACACAAUGCCACAUACUCUAUUGUGAAUGGAGCCCCGUGGAAGAAAGGGCUCCUUAGCUACAGGAGCUUGCGCCCACUGGUCUAGCACCUCCCUGAACAGAUCUCAUUGAGUUGUAGUUGGAGGCUGUCUUGUCUUAGACGGAGAGGAGGAGCAAGACGGAUACUAUUGGGUCACAACCUCUAAAUUAGAUCUCAUUGAGAACCUUAAGGUGAUGCCAGGUCUUCAAAGAAUUUCAGAUUGAAGCUGUGAAUGCUGCAGUGGUCAAUGCUAUCCGAAUGGCUAGGCCAGCAAGAAGGAAGAAUUCCCUGGAGCCAUGGAUGAUUGCCUUGAUUGUCCUAGCAGUGUUGGUGGUCUUAGCCAUUAUCAUCGGAUUAGUUGUAUAUUUUUUGGUGUAUGACCAAAGACUGUUCUUUUACAAUGCUUCCUUUAGAAUCAAUAAUGUAUCAUACAAUCGUGGCUUCGAAAAACAGACCUCAGAAGAAUUUAGAGAUCUGAGUGCAACUAUUGAGAAUUUGAUUAAUCAGGCAUUUCAAGCUACUCAUUUAAGUAAAAGAUUCAUCAGAUCACAUGUCAUUAGGCUAAGGCCAGACAAUGGUGUCGUCUUUGCAGAAGUGGUGUUGGUGCUUAGGUUCAUCUCCUCAGAUAAUAAACAAGCACGUUUGACAACGGUCAACACUGUUUUGUUAAGGAGGUUGAGAUCAUCAACAUGGCCCUUGGAUAUUGAUAUUUCUUCUUACAGUCUCACAGAAAUUAAUUCACAAGAAGGUGAACAUCUUCUCAGCAAGUGUUGUGGAACACGAAUGGACAAAACUGAGAGGGUCAUUGGAGGAAGCAUUGCAGGUGAAGGGGAAUGGCCGUGGCAAGCAAGUCUUCAGCUGAAUGGUAUCCAUCGCUGUGGGGCAACAAUAAUCAGCGAAAAUUGGCUUGUAUCUGCAGCUCACUGCUUUAGAGGAGUCUCAGAUACCAAGAGUUGGACAAGUACUUUUGGAGCACGUAUAGGAACUCCAGCAAUGAUAAGGGCUCUUCAACAGAUAAUUAUUCAUGAACAUUAUGCCAACAGUGUAAUAAGUCAUGAAUAUGAUAUUGCUGUUGUAAAGGUCUCACCCCCUUUACAGUUUACAUCGGCCGUUCAUCAUGUUUGUCUUCCAGAAGCUACGCAGAAUUUUCCAGAAAACACAACUUGCUAUGUCACAGGAUAUGGUGCACUGGUAGAUGAUGGUCCCAGUGUUGGUGAACUUCGUCAAACAGAAGUGAAAAUUAUAAGUAAUGACAGAUGCAAUAGAAGGGAAGUAUACAAUAGAGCAAUUUCACCUGGCAUGCUGUGUGCUGGAUACCUGGAAGGAGGGAGUGAUGCUUGCCAGGGUGAUUCUGGUGGCCCACUAGUUACAUCUGAUUCCAGAGGAAUAUGGUACCUUGUUGGCAUAGUGAGCUGGGGUGCUGAAUGUGCAAGGCCAAACAAGCCUGGAGUUUAUACACGUGUGACUUACUAUCGCGACUGGAUUUUUGAAAGGACUGGAGUCUGAAGUUACCAGAACGAUGAAUCUCACAGGAAGUAUAUGCCUGGGAUCCAAGAUAUUUGGACUAUUCAUAGAUAUGUUUUCCUUCACAUCAUUAUGUUGCUUUGAUCAGUUCUGGUUCUAAAGAAGACACUGGUACUGGGAGUGUUCCUUACCAAAUCAAGUAAUUUUCUACUACUCUCAUUGUUUUAUAUUUCUGUUAUGGACUAUGAGAGAAAUAGGUAAAGAACUACAGUUGCAGUCAGCAAAAAACCUUUUGAUUUCUUUUAGUUUCUCGUUCUUAAAAUCACUGUAUUGUUGAGGUCGUGUUCAAAAGAUAUGGACCUCUGGCUAUCAUUGCUCCUUUGAUAAUGUGGUUGAAGGUAUUUUGAAGUGCACUGUACAUUCCCUUUCAGGGACAAAAAAUACUCCGAUUUAUUACCUCUCUCUUUGAAGAUUAAAUCUUGAAAUUAUACACAUGCUCCCCAAUACUUCUGGAGUAGGGUGAACAAAGAGCCAUUGAUGAUCUUGGUGUGGUGUGUCUGGGUGUUUCAAUGGGGCAGAGUGCUACUGCUGACCUGGCUAUGCAGUUAUGUGAUUAGUAGUGCUCCAA